AAGCUUCACGAGCUACAAAGGAGAAAAAUGAAUUUGAUAUACAAAGUUCUUCUCUUACUAGCUCUAUGCAUUUGCAAUGCAGAAUCUGCAGAUCCUUCAGGGGAAUUCUGCAACAGAGACACUAACAUUAGCAGAAAUAGCCAAAUGUCGGCAAAUAUAGAUCGCUUGUUAUCUGAAUUGGUUUCCAAAACAGCCUCCAACGGUUUUAUUGCCACUUCCUUUGGUAAAGGGAAAGACACAGUUUUCGGCCUGGCUCAAUGCAGAGGGGAUGUGAGCAGCACAGACUGCUCAACCUGUAUCCAAGAUGCAGCAAAUCAAAUACGGAAACGUUGUCCAAACCAAGCCGACGCAAGACUUUGGUAUGAGUAUUGCUUUUUGCGUUACAACAAUAAGAGCUUCAUUGGAGAAGUCGAUACAUAUUCUUUUAGUAUAGUCUAUUUCAAUGUAGACAAUGUAACAGACCCUGAAAAUUUCAACAAAGAACUCGGAGUUCUAAUGGAUGAAAUUAGAGCACGAGCUGUCGAGCCUAAGAAUGAGGGGCUUGGGAAAGGUGACACCAAAUUGUCACCGUUUGUGACACUUUAUGCGUUGGUUCAGUGCACAAGGGACCUUUCUCAGAUAGGCUGUGCUCAGUGUUUGGCCAUUGCUGUUGCCAAUUUCGAAACCUUUUGCGAAAACCGGAAGGGAUGCCGAGUUCUAUAUAGUAGUUGUUAUGUCCGAUAUGAGCUCUACCCAUUUUUCUUUCCACUUGGUUCAAACAAUACCAUGGCUGAUACUCUAAUGGCCAUAGUUCAUCCAUAAAUAGUCUUAGCCUCUCUCUGUGAUCCUGAGGGUUCUAUUUUAGAGAUUCUAAAUGACAAGAAUUCUGAAUUUAUGGUCUUCAUUUCGGGUCUUUUCUAGUUUAUUGUUCUGUUUCAUGCUUGAUUUUAUUGGCUGCAGUUCUAUCAUGUAGUGGACUUUCAUGUACAAUUUUCUCCAUCUAAGUAGUCACUAGAUGACAGAAGGACUAUGGAUAUUAGCUACUCCGUACUCGCAAGCUAAUGUUGUAUGUGGAGCACACAGGCUUAUACUUGCAGCUGCAGAACGAUUCAAGUCCCCAAAAGGGUCAUCAUGAAGUACAAAGAGGUGGUAGAAAGCAUAUAUCUCAUAAAAUACAAACAUCAUGUUGUAUUCGUAACGAAAU